UUGGCAUCUGUGAAUAGAACUCCAACAUGAAGUUGAAGGGAAAGAAGCAGGAGAGCUCCAACAGCCAUGAAGGCUCAAGGGGGAAAAUGACACUAUUGCUUGCUCUGGUAGCACUGAUAGCUGCCUUUGGAUCUUCUUUCCAGUAUGGCUACAAUGUCUCUGUGAUCAAUUCUCCAGCCCCGUACAUGCAGGACUUUUACAACCAAACCUACAUCAACAGGACUCACAAGCCUAUGGAUGGUGCCUUCAUGACACUACUCUGGUCUCUUACUGUGUCCAUGUACCCUCUGGGAGGCUUUUUUGGGUCCCUCAUAGUGGGGCCUCUAGUCAACAAUUGUGGCCGAAAGGGCACUCUGCUGAUCAAUAACAUCUUCUCCAUUGCUGCUGCAAUCCUUAUGGGAACCUCAGAGCUAGCAAAAACCUUUGAAGUAAUCAUCAUUUCACGUUUUAUCAUGGGAAUAUUUGCUGGUCUGGCUUCCAAUGUGGUACCCAUGUUUCUUGGGGAAAUAGCCCCCAGAAAUCUGAGAGGUGCUAUUGGGGUAGUACCACAACUCUUCAUCUCCGUUGGGAUCCUUGUUGCUCAGAUCCUUGGUCUCAACAGCAUCCUUGGGAAUGCUGAAGGCUGGCCUGUGCUGCUGGGGCUCACUGGGAUCCCAUCACUCAUUCAGCUCCUUGUAUUGCCCUUUUUCCCUGAGAGUCCCAGGUACCUGCUGAUACAGAAGGGCAACGAAGAGCAAGCACGGAAAGCUCUACAGAAGCUGAGAGGCAGGCCUGAUGUGGAUGAGGAGAUAGAAGAAAUGCGCCAAGAAGACCGUUCAGAAAAGGAAGAAGGACAAUUCACUGUCCUCAGCCUGUUCACCUUCAGAGGCUUGCGGUGGCAGCUCAUCUCUAUCAUUGUCAUGAUGAUGGGCCAGCAGCUCUCUGGAGUGAAUGCGGUCUUCUACUACGCAGACAAAAUCUUCCGGUCAGCAGGUGUGAAAGAAGAAAGCGUUCAGUAUGUCACAGUCUCUAUAGGGGCCAUCAAUGUCGUCAUGACUUUGCUUGCUGUUUUCAUUGUGGAAUCCCUGGGGAGGAGAAUCCUUCUCCUUACUGGCUUUGGACUGUGCUGUGUCUCCUGUGCAGUGCUAACUCUGGCCCUCAAUCUCCAGCCCACUGUCUCGUGGAUGUCUUACAUCAGCAUAGUGUCUGUCAUUGUUUACAUCAUCGGGCACGCUAUUGGAGCCAGUCCAAUUCCCUUUGUGUUGAUCACUGAGAUGUUCCUGCAGUCAUCCCGGCCUGCAGCCUUCAUGGUGGGUGGGUCUGUGCAUUGGCUCUGCAACUUCACCGUGGGCCUUGUGUUCCUCUACAUGGAGGCUGGACUAGGGCCCUACUGCUUCCUCAUCUUCUGUGCCAUAUGCCUUGCCAGCAUAGUUUACAUCUUCUUUAUUGUCCCUGAGACAAAGAACAAAACCUUCAUGGAAAUCAACAAGAUCAUGGCCAAGAGGAACAAGGUGGAGAUCCGGGAAGAUAAAGAAGAGCUUAAGGAUUUCCAUACUGUAUCAGGUGGGCAGGCAGAGAAGAAAUCAACAUCCAGCAGUGAGAUGUGACCCAGCCCAUGAUUUAGCCUGGCCCAGACAUUUUUCAGUGGAAGAACAAAUACAUCAAUUCAUCAUUUGAUACUGAUCUUCUUGUAGAC